CACACACACACACACACAUAUUGCGGCGGUGUGUGUGUGUGCAUGCACCUUUACGUUAUGAAGCGCGUCAUGCAUGCCGCAAUCGCAUCUCAACGCUUCGCGUCAGGUCAUUGACAAUUUUACGUAAUCAUUUGGUGCAUCCGAACGGCGAGUUGAACUGAUAUGAGACGCAAUCGGGGGCGCGAGAAGUUUGUGUUUUAUCAAUGUUUUAUGUCAUGAAAUGUAUUUCGCGCGAUCGCAUGGCCGUUGUCCGCGCAAAUUCGGAGUAAGGAAGAUGAAACAUGAAAAGUGUGAUAUUAGCAAAUACAGAGAAUGCGCAGCUGGUGUUAAUAUUUAGUUUUACUUGUUGCUACGUUGUUUACCUGUUGAUACAUCCCAUUGUAUGCGAAAUAAAAAUCUCAAAGACGAAGAAAGAAUGUAUGGAAUGCACUGUAAGGAUGGAGAAUCUUGCAUGAGCUGAUGAUGAAAUCAUCAAUAAUUGAACAAGAUAAAUAUCACACUUUGCCUCUUAUACUUUAUUAGUUGGAAAUCUGUUAACUGAUAAAGUUAAUUCCGUGUUGCUAGCUUAUUCAAGGUCGGCUAGAUUGUAAGACUAAUAAAAGAGCAUAAAUGUAAAUUGCAUUUAAAAAACUUUGUAAUAAAUGAAUAUGUAUUAAUUGUGAUAAAUGAAAAUGUAUUUGACGAUGAUUUUUUCUUCAACAAUCGAAAAUGUGAAUGAUAUUUUGAAACCACGAAAAAUUUCUGACAAUCGGGUGUCCUUUUGCGAGCAAUUGCCGAGUUUUUGCGAAGCCACAUCUCUACGAAGACCAUUCGUCGACCAUUCUGACAGCAUAACUACUACUAACGUGACUGCUACUUUAGACAAAAUGGCAGAAAUAAAUACUUUAGGAUGGGUCGAUUAUCUGAUUAUAGCGAUAAUGCUAUGUAUAAGUGCUGGAAUUGGUGUUUAUUACAGAUUUAGUGGAGGACGUCAAAAAACUAUGGAGGAGUACUUCGUUGCAAGUCGAUCAAUGAGCAUUAUACCUGUCGCUGUCGCCUUGGUGGUCUCUUUCAUGUCUGCUGUUACGCUGCUUGGUGUGUCCGCUGAGAAUUAUACAUAUGGGACACAAUUUGUUGUAAUAAACCUAUCGUAUUUGUUGGGCACUCCGAUUGUAUGUUAUGGAUUCCUACCAGUAUUCUUCAAGUUGCAGGCGACGAGCGCCUACGAGUACUUAGAAAAACGUUUCGGAAUGAGAGCUAGGAUGAUGGCUAGUUUUGUUUACUGGAUUCAGCUACUUUCAUACUCAGGAGUGGUACUUUAUGCUCCUUCUUUAGCCUUGGAGGCGACAACAGGAAUUUCAAAGACUGCCAGUAUCAUUAUUAUUGGCCUCGUAUGUGCGUUCUACUCAACAAUAGGGGGCAUUAAGGCUGUGCUAAUUACUGAUGUAUUUCAAGGUUUACUCAUGUUUGUCGCCGUGUUCUUAAUUAUUAGUAUAGGUGCUAACGAUGUAGGGGGAUUGGGACAAAUCUGGGAAAUCGCAAAGCAAGGGCAACGGCUUGAAUUUGAUCGCAUCGAUCUGGAUCCAACAGUAAGACAUACCUGGUGGUCGCUUACGUUAGGUGGUUUAUGUACAUUUUUAUCACUUUACGGAGUAAAUCAAGUACAAAUCCAGCGUAUGUUGACUGUAAAAAAUUUGAAAGCUUCGCGAAGAGCCAUGUGGCUAUCAUGGCCUAUUCUAUCGCUUCUUUCGAUUACAACUUGCUUUUCCGGAUUGGCAAUAUAUAGCAAAUAUCAUAACUGUGAUCCAUUUCUUAAGAAAAGAAUUACUUCAUCUGAUAUGCUUAUGCCAUUGUACGUUAUGGACACGAUGUCCAAAAUACCUGGUUUACCAGGCAUCUUUGCUGCAGGCAUCUUUAGCGCAGGUCUCAGCUCGAUAUCUGCGGCGCAGAAUUCUUUAGCAGCAGUAACGUUGGAGGAUUACAUAAAACCUUUAUACAAAAAAUGCGUUGGAUAUGAAUUUUCUCCUACAAAAUCAGCUUUCAUGGCUAAAGUGCUUGCUUUUACAUUUGGUAUUAUUUCCAUUGCGCUGGCAUUUUUAGCGCAAUUUUUAGGAGGGCUACUUCAGGCUUCAUUAACUAUUUUUGGAGUAGUCGGAGGUCCAUUGUUGGGUGUUUUCACGCUUGGCAUGGGUACGGAAUCAGCGACGGAAAGCGGUGCAAUAAUCGGUGCUCUCACAGCAUUUUCAUUUUUAUUCUGGAUAGUCUUCGGUCAGCCACGUCCAAUGCCACCUAAAUUACCUACUUCUAUCGAAGGCUGUGAUAAUGUUGCAAAUAUAACAAUGUCCGUUUUGCAGAAUGUCACGAGCUUGUCUAAAAGCACCGGCGACAGUUCAUACUUCUAUCUGUAUCGUAUUUCAUACAUGUGGUAUUCACCCCUCGGAUUUUUAAUAACAUUUAUACUUGGACUGAUUAUUAGUAACAUAUCUCGUUUGUUCUUGAAGAAACAAAAUGAUGAAUUAGACACUAAUUUAUUCUUUCCCGUGUUAGCGCGGCGUAUACGUUAUAGACGAUGCAUGGAUGUGGAGAAUGAAAGAAGUUCUUCUUCAUUAAGCAGGAAAUAUUCUCUUAACGACGGGAAAGACGAUGCCACUGAUAAAAUCUGUACAAAACUUUAAUAGUAAUCUUAGCUAGGUAUUAUAAAUACUCCGUACUUAUAAUAGAAAAAAUUGAUGUUUAAGUUACAAGAGAGGGAAGAAAGAAAAUACAAAUAUAUUUUUAUCAUCUCGUGGGACCUAAAUAAUAAUUCCAGCAAUUUUAAGAAAAAGCUAUUUAGCAUCUAUGAUUUAAGGAUAAGAAUAGAAUAAGUAUCUUUGUAAGUACCUGUGUGCGAAUGACUUAUUUGCAGUUAUUUUUUUCAGAUAACUUUAUUUUAGUACAUAAAUUAAGUUGGAUAAUUGUAUACAUGUUGAAUUGUAUACAUGUUUAUCAUGCUGCGUUCUGGUACUGACAGUUAGUACUGUGUAGAAAUAUAAAAAAGUAUACGUGUUUUAUAUAAAAAUUUAGUGAGACAUAUUUCUUUGAACUUUAGUUCCUUUAUAUGCAUAAUUUUUGUAGAUGUAUUUAAAGGGAAACCUCUUAAACAAUCUUGACAAUAUUUAGCGACGUAAAAUGAUAAAAAAGAAAAAUAGCUUUAAGGCAUUACGUUCAUAUCAUCUACCGCGGCUGCAAUAUGUAAUUUUAUAGUAAUAAGGAAAAAUAAUUUUACUUAUUAUGUAUAAUUGUAUCAAUUAUGCAUGAUUGUUUAACCGGCCAAUAGUCCUCUUGGUAUUUAUAUACUCCAGUUGCACGAAAAUAUGAAUUGUUGUAAAAUGUAUAUUUUCUUUCUUCUUGGA